GCGGCCGUACCAUGUGGAGAGAGGGGGAGGGGGAGACUCUGGUUUUAAGGUGUGCGGUUGCCGCCUCCUCGAAUGAUUUGCCUUCUUCAGUUUGAUCCGGAGGAGGCGAGUUUCGGCCUCGUGUCGGGGAGGGGAGUGUGUCCGUGUGGCCCGGAUAUCAGCUCGUUGCGAGGGUUCCAGCUGCUGCCAGCCUCGGGGAUACAUUGUAACUAAGAGGUGACACAUUGUAACCAAGAGGGGGACACGUUGUAACCAAGAGGUGAUACAUUGUAACCAAGCAGGGACACAUUGACACCGAUACCCAGCGAAGAUGUCGAAGGAAGAGGUAGUCAGCGAGGUCAUUGUGGAGUCCAAAGUGAUGUGGUAUCCCGACUCCAAGAGGAACACACACAUGGACCGAUUCAAGAACCUUAUCAACGAGAAGUUCGGUCUCCAGUUGGCCAAUUAUAACGAGUUGUACCAUUGGUCGGUUGAGAACUACCCGGAGUUUUGGGCAGAAUUUUGGAAAUUUAGUGGAUUGGUUUACUCUCGUCAUUACAGUGAGGUGGUUGACAGGACAAAAGGAAUUGCAGAUGUUCCUGAGUGGUUCAAAGGAAGCAGAUUAAACUAUGCAGAAAAUCUCCUGAAGCAUAAAGAUGAUGACAAAGUGGCACUUUAUGCUGCAUCGGAAGGGAAAGAGGAGAUUGUCAAAAUGACAUUCAAGGAACUAAAGAGAGAUGUGGCUUUGUAUGCUGCAGCACUCCGAAAGAUGGGAGUGAAGAUAGGUGACAGAGUUGUUGGUUACCUGCCGAACGGUAUUCAUGCUGUUGAAGCCAUGUUAGCAACAGCCAGCAUUGGAGCCAUUUGGAGUGCAACUGCUCCAGAUUUUGGUGUAAAUGGUGUACUGGAUAGGAUCUCUCAAAUCCAACCCAAGCUAAUUUUUUCAGUUGAAGCAGUUAUUUACAAUGGUAAAGAGCAUGAUCACAUGGAGAAGCUACAGAAUGUAGUGAAAGGUUUACCAGACUUGAAGAAGGUUAUAGUAAUUCCAUAUGUGCAAUCAGAAGAUGCCAUAGACCUGUCAAGGAUACCAAACAGCAUGUUUCUGAAUGCUUUCCUUUCCAUUGGAAAGGAAGGAGACCACGGACCACAGCUGGAGUUUGAGCAGCUGCCCUUCAACCACCCACUCUUUAUCAUGUAUUCGUCUGGCACAACAGGGGCACCAAAAUGUAUGGUACAUUCAGCUGGGGGCACGCUCAUCCAGCAUCUAAAGGAGCACAUUCUCCAUGGCAACAUGAGCAGCAAUGAUGUCAUUAUCUACUACUCUACAAUUGGCUGGAUGAUGUGGAACUGGCUUUUAUCAGCUCUUGCUACAGGGGCCUCCAUUGUCCUGUAUGAUGGCUCUCCACUUGUUCCUUCCCCAAAUGUUCUGUGGGACUUGGUUGACAAGCUUGGAAUUACUAUACUUGGAACUGGUGCAAAAUGGCUGGCUGUUUUAGAAGAAAAAAAUCUGAAACCAGGUGAAACUCACAGUCUGCAGACUCUACACACCAUUCUGUCAACAGGGUCUCCCCUCAAACCUCUAACUUACGAUUAUGUCUACAAACACAUCAAGAGUACGGUCCUGCUAGGAUCAAUCACAGGUGGUACAGACAUCAUUUCAUGUUUCAUGGGCCAGAACUUCACUAUCCCAGUCUACAGAGGAGAGAUACAAGCAAGGAAUUUGGGAAUGGGUGUGGAAAUUUGGAAUGACGAAGGGAAUGUUCUGUGGGGGGAAAGUGGAGAGUUGGUGUGCACCACACCCAUUCCGUGUCAGCCUACACAUUUUUGGAAUGAUGAAAGUGGUAUCAAAUACCACAAGGCAUACUUUGCUAAAUUCCCAGGAGUUUGGGCCCAUGGUGACUAUGCCAAAAUAAAUCCAAAGACUGGAGGAAUUGUAAUGCUUGGUCGAAGUGAUGGCACUUUAAAUCCAAAUGGAGUGAGAUUUGGAAGCUCUGAAAUCUACCAUAUCGUUGAAGCUUUUGAGGAGGUUGUGGACAGUCUGUGUGUCCCACAGUACAACAAGGAUGGUGAAGAAAGAGUCAUUCUUUUCUUGAAAAUGGCCAACAAUCAGGUUUUUACAGCGAAUCUGGUGAAGAGGAUACGAUAUGCCAUUCGGGUGGCUUUAUCAGCUCGACAUGUACCUGCCUUUAUCCUGGAAACUAAAGACAUUCCAUACACUAUUAGUGGAAAGAAAGUAGAGGUGGCGGUGAAGCAGGUUAUUGCUGGCAAGGACGUGAAGCAGCGGAGUGCCUUCUCCAAUCCAGAUUCUCUUGACCUUUACAAGAACAUUCCUGAACUCCAGAACUUCUGAAUGUUUUAUGUAUAUAUGUGCAAAGUAAUUUUUAUUUAACAGAAUAGCAAUGUUACAGGAAAGAGGUUUAAUGCAAUUUUACAUUUGUUUAUUUUUCUAUGCUUCUUCAGUAUAGAAUACACUUUUAAACCUAGAUUGGCAAUAUACAUGUCUAACGUAGCAGCUUUAUUCAAGCCUGUUACACCAUCAGGAUCUGGUGUAACACUGAUUUUACUUUCCAUUGGAAAAUGUCAUUUUGUGUAGGACAUAAAACCAACUUUCCACCUAAAUAUAUGGAAUUCUUGGUAUUAUUUCCUGAUUAAACACUCACCCAUUUGAUGAGACAUUUGCUUUAGAAACAAGCUUCUUAGAAUGUGAGUAAUUCUUUAUAGACCUGAAACAUCAUAAUGGCCAAUAAAGAAACCAAGAUGUACCCCAUAUUUGAUCUUUUAAAUUAAAUUGAACUUGAUGGAUAAACUUUUUUAUUGAGCAUCAAAUUAUUAAUAUCAUGGAUGAAAAGUUUUGUUUCUGUACCAGUGUUAUGUGACUUUUUAAAGGAAAUAAUUUCAUACUGUAAAGCACAGUAGACUUGCACUACAAAGUAAUAUGUUGCAUACCAUUUGGUUCAUUGUGUAAAAUCUCUAUACCACAGUGAAAGCCUGCUUUUAUUUUGGAGGGUAUCGUUUAUCUGGAAGGGAUAUGUUCCCUUAACUCUGCGAUGGUCAUUGGCCUCAGUAAACAAUGUAAAAAUAAAAUAAAGCGCAUUGGUAGUGUCCCUGGUUUUGCCUUUUAACAUUGGGAAGCUCAGAAUAUGUUUGAAAAACAUCUGCUUGGUUGUAAGUUAUUAAAAUUAUUGUAUGCUGUAAGCUCACAUAAAAAACAAUGGCUGUGUUUGUCUUGAAAUGGUUAAAGAUGAGCUUACCUUUUGGAAUGCCACAGGCAGUAGAGCUUGCUUGUAUUGUACAUUCUUUGUGGUGGUGCAUGAUCUUCUAAUAUUCGCAACUCUAUCCAUUUCCAUGGCUACAGUUCCAAUAGCUGAUGUACAUGAUGCAUUUUAUAUUAGUUGCAUAUGUUUUAAAUAGGAAUCCCUGUAAAUUGUAUGUUCCUUU